GGGAUUCUUCCUUCCUAAGUGCAGGACUCUGCACUUGUCCUUGUUGAACCUCAUCAGAUUUCUUUUGGCUCAAUCCUCCAGUUUGUCUAGGUCACUCUGGACCCUAUCCCUACCCCCCAGCAUAUCUACAUCUCCCCCAAUCUUAGUGUCAUCUGUGAACUUGCUGGGGCACAGCACACCCUGCCCCUCUGCUGUGCCCAGCUUAUCCUGCCCUGGGGCUGUGGGACUCAGUCCGGCCCUGCAGUAUUCCCUGAAGAGCCAAGGACUGCAGCCGUUUGCCCCCCUCUGAGGCCGGGCUGGAUGCCUCCCAUUCCAGUGAGUCCAUACGCUCGGGCUGGAGCCUCCUCGCCCCAGACUCUAGUGGCUUGGGGGAGGGAGCAUCCCCCCACGCACUGCAUGGGGCUCUCUUGCUCGCUCACUCUGGGGCUCAGCGAGUAACAGCAAAACCAGAGUCUAUUUCUGACCCACUACUUCCUCCCUCUGUGACCUCGGAGCAGCACUGCCUGAGAGCGGCUCCCAGCCCAGGCUGCUCACGCAUGAGACUAACACCUCCCCCCUGAUUUGAAUCCAUUUUGCAAAUCAGAUUUUGUGGGGCUGUGUCCAAGUGUCACUAUUGUCCAGCCAGUCAAGUCCCCGCAGAACCCAUGGCCCAGGGUGAUCACUGAGCCACACACCCCAUGGCCAGAUUGCCCCCAUGGGGGCAGUGCCCCAAACCCCCUGGCCUCAGGGCUGCACGGCUAGGUGUUGGGGCAGCAGUUCAUUGGGGACUUUGUGGAACUAUUCAGACCCUCCCAAAAAAACAAUGCAGGAGAGGCGAGCCUGGAAAAUGCAAAGGGGACCUGACCACAGGCAAAUGAGCCAGGGAAGCUGCAGCGGGCGUGGGGAUGGGGCACAGGGUGGUGGCUCGGGGGCUGGUAUACGGUUCACACCUGGCGUCAGGGGAAGGGGUGUUCUCGGGUGACUGUUCUACUCAUGGCCUCCAACAGCAUCGCCCCUGCCUGCUGUGGGGGGGAGAGGAGCCGGCUCUCUGCGGCUCACGCCAUGGACUUGGGGAUGGAGCUGUGCGGCCCCCAGGCACACAGCGCCCUGCUGCGGCUGCAGGACUCUGAGCUGCGCCUCCUGGAGCUGAUGAAGAAGUGGAUGGUACAGCGAGCCAAGAGCGACAGGGAGUAUGCAGCCCUGCUGCACAACACAUUCUGCCAGCUGGAGAAGCAGGAGGGCUUCGGGCAGCCCCCGCCAGGAGACUACAGAAGCCAGAUCAGCGAGUCCUGGUGGGUGCUGGCAAACCAGACGGAGGUGCUGAGCCAGAUCCUGCGGCGCCAUUCAGAGGACCUGGCCGCCGGGCCCCUGAACAAGCUGAGCCUGCUGAUCCGCGACAAGCAGCAGCUCCGCAAGGCCUACAGCGAGCAGUGGCAGCAGCUGAGCCAGGACUACAUCAGGACAAACCAGCAGGAGCUGGAGAAGCUGAAGUCCCAGUACCGGAGCCUGGCCCGGGACAGUGCCCAGGCCAAGCGCAAGUUCCAGGAGGCCAGCAAAGACAAGGACCGGGACAAGGCCAAGGACAAGUACGUGCGGAGCCUGUGGAAGCUCUACGCCCUGCACAACCAGUACGUGCUGGCCCUCAAGGCUGCAGAGCUGCACCAUACGCUGCACUUCCAGCAGGCGCUGCCCGCCCUGCACCGCUCCCUGCAUGGCCUGCACCAGGAGAUGGCGCUUGUCCUGAAGGAGAUCCUGCAGGAGUACGCCGAGGUCAGCAGCCUGGUUCAGGACGAGGUGGGCUCCGUGCACCAGGAGAUCACCCACGCCAUCCAGGCGAUCGACCCCGCAACAGAAUACGACAGCUUCCUCCAGCAGCACAGGUGUAUGAGCGAGAUCCCGCCCAGGGUGAGCUUCGACCAGAAUCUGCUGGAGGAGAGCGAGAACCUGGAGGCCGGCGAGCUGCAGCUGAAUGAGCUGACAAUAGAGAGCGUGCAGCACACCCUGACGGCCGUGGAGGAGGAACUAGCCACUGCCAUGGAGACCAUGAACAGCAAAGGGCAGCGCGUCCAGGACCUGCAGGCCGAGCUCCUGGGCGAGGAGCAGAGCGUGGGGCCCUGGGAGCGGGUGCACCUGCUGGGGAAGCGCCAGGCUCUCCAGGAGGCGCAGCUGCAUUUCCAGGUCUCCCUGUGCGCCCAGGCCAAGCUGCAAGCCCAGCGGGACAUGCUGUACCACAAGCUGGAGCAGCUGGGCUCCCGCAUCCCCCCUCCAGCCCUGCCCCUGCAGGACGACAGGAACUCCCUCUCCUCCACGGAGCAGGAGCAGGAGCGCCCAGGAGCCAGCGCUCUGGAGACCCUCAGGAAUCACAUCUCGGGCAUCUUCCGCCCCAAGUACUCAGUGCCGCCCCCCCUGCCACUCCUCCCCGAAGUGCAGAAGCCCCUGUGCCAGCAGACCUGGUACCACGGCGCCAUCCCCCGGGCGGAGGUGCAGGAGCUGCUGCUCCACAGCGGGGACUUCUUGGUGCGGGAGAGCCAGGGCAAGCAGGAGCAAGUGCUGAGUGUGCUGUGGGACGGGCAGCCCCGGCACUUCAUCAUCCAGGCCUGCGAUGACAUGUACCGUCUGGAGGGCGAGGGCUUCUGCACCAUCCCGCUGCUCAUCGACCAUUUCCUGCAGACCCGGCAGCCCAUCACCAAGAAGAGCGGAAUCAUCCUGGCCAAGCCCAUCCCCAAGGACAAAUGGGUGCUGAACCAUGAGGACGUGGUGCUAGGCGAGCGCAUCGGGCGGGGUAACUUUGGGGAGGUGUUCAGUGGCCGCCUGCUCGCUGACAACACCCCAGUGGCUGUGAAGUCCUGCCGCGAAACCCUCCCACCGGAGCUCAAGGCCAAAUUCCUACAGGAAGCCAGGAUCCUGAAGCAGUACUGCCACCCCAACAUUGUCAAGCUCAUUGGUGUCUGCACCCAGAAGCAGCCCAUCUACAUCGUCAUGGAGCUGGUGCAGGGGGGAGACUUCCUGACCUUCCUGCGCAGCGAGGGGCUGUCGCUGAAGGCGAAGGAGCUGCUCAAGAUGACGGCGAAUGCUGCUGCUGGGAUGGAAUACCUGGAAAGCAAGCACUGCAUCCACAGGGACCUCGCAGCUCGCAACUGCCUGGUGACGGAGAAGAACUCACUGAAGAUCAGUGACUUUGGGAUGUCACGGGAGGAGGAGGACGGGGUCUAUGCCUCCACAGGAGGCAUGAAGCAGAUUCCUGUGAAAUGGACAGCGCCAGAGGCACUGAAUUACGGCCGCUACUCCUCAGAGAGUGAUGUCUGGAGCUUUGGGAUCUUGCUGUGGGAAGCCUUCAGCCUGGGCGCCAUCCCCUAUUCCAACCUGAGCAACAACCAGACGCGCGAAGCCAUUGAGCAAGGGGUGCGGCUAGACCCCCCAGAGCAGUGUCCUGAGGACGUGUACAGGCUGAUGCAGCGGUGCUGGGAGUACGAUCCCCGGAAACGGCCCAGCUUCAGCACCAUUCACCAGGAGCUCGUCAGCAUUCGCAAGAGGCAGCGGUAACGGACCGCGGGCUCCCAGGCCAGGAGACGCUGCCCUGGGCUGGAGCUAUCAGCCCCAGGGCCCCUUGGGCAGAGCCCACGUUGGUGCCAGCCUGCCUGCAGCGGUGCUGCAGACACCCAGCGUGCCCGCCCCUGGACUCGUCUUCCACCAUGGCCUGGGGCAUCGCAGGCUCCAGCUGUUGCCAUUGGCCAGACCCAGGCUAUGUUUGUUGCCUCCUGGGUGCCGAGAGACCCUGGGCUGUGGGGUCUCCAGCCUGCGCAGCACCAUCCCCUGGGACUGCCCCAGUUGUCAGGCUGUGGGACAGAUGGGCCAAGCCCUUCUCGUCUGCUUUUUUUUUUUUGGAGGGGGGGUGUAUUUCCUCUAGAAUAAAAGCCACCUCCUCCUCACCCAGUCAGUGCUGUGGCACACACUGCGGAAGGCCAAUGGGAUUGCAGGGCCUGCACUGGUCCAGCUUCUGUGGGGAUCCGCUCAGACGAACUGGCCCCUUCUGCCCCUGCAAGGUGCUCCCCACGGCCUGCCAGAGCCCCCAUCUCUGCUCUUCUGUGCAUUUCCAGGCAUCUGGGGGCUCGGCCUAGCCUGGCUCCUGUGUCCGGGGGCAUGGUGCUGGCAGGCAGAAGAAGAUUCUGCAGCCCAGAGACCUGUGCCCAGAGCCCCAUCCUGCCAGGGCACCAGUUACUCAGACCAGCAGCCCACAGGGAGCCCCUCACUGCAGGGCUGGGCCACUGGCCCCCCCGGGAGCUAGAUACGUGCCUGUGGCUGGGGCACGCACCGGGAAGAGAGCCGUGUGUACCGACGGCCCAGCCCAGUCUCUGGCUGGUACCUGGUCUGUAUCCCGCUCCCAGGAAUGGCGCAUGGAAACUGGGUGGGCAGCCACACCCACAUGAUGCUAGAAAUCUGGCUUUUGCUGUGCCAGCCAGCAGCACGGGCUGUGCCCCUCAUUAAGACUGCUGCAUUCAGCUCUAGGCACCAGAAAUGGCUCUGGCAGGAGCCAGCACGGCCCUUGCUGGGCACAGCAUGGGCAUUUUGUGUCCUAGGCAGGGCCUUGCCCUCCGUGCUGCCAAGGACUCCCCAGGGCCCGGAGCCGGCCAGCCCCAGCAUUCACCAACGUUCUGGAUUCCGUGUGUGGCCACAGCACCAGUGGCCUUGGCCAGGGCCACUCUGUGCCAGGCCUGUAGAGACACAGAGCCAAGAGAUGGCCUUGCCCUACAGAGCUACAAUCAGAGCAGAGCAGAGACAACGGGUGCCUGCCAGGACGAGGGUGAAGCUUGGUAAGGUUUGUAUGUUUCCAAUGCAUACCUCGGUUUCCCACGGUGCUUUGUACUGCUCUGCUGUCACAGAUCCACAGGGUCUCUUCUAUGCCUCUGCUAUUAAACAAUCCCUUGGAAUCA